GGCGGUGUCCGACAGACUGAUAGAGGAGCCGGUGCCCACACAGGCUCCACUUUUACACAUCAGUUGUUCGUGUCACGGUGUCAAUGCUGAAUUUACUUUGGAUUUGGAUUUUAUAUAGAAAAUACGACCAGUGUCUUUAUAACAUAGCUCAAUUUUAAGCACCAUCCAAAGUGAAGCAUACACCAGCGGAGUCUGUGUGUGAGUGUGGAACCUGAAAGGUUUCCGUCAUGGGAGCGCAUGGAUGGAGCUCAUCGCGUCUUGGGUUUGUCGUCUGUGGAUACUUAGCGUUUUUUUGCGGGCAAAUUGUUCCACGGGCUGAAGCGGGCUGCAGGGAGAGGGAGAGCCCAAACUGCUGCACUGGCCGGAACAACGAAUGUUUUGAGUACAGCAAGAGAAAAACAGUAUGCUACUGUGAUACCUACUGUCAGAAAACCGGGGACUGCUGCGAGGACUAUCAGCGCGUGUGCCAAAUAUCUGCAGCCAUUGACUGUGUGGUGGGAUCUUGGGGUCCCUGGUCAUCAUGCACAUCUCAGUGUGGAGUUGGCAGCACAGAGAGGAGUCGCCUCGUGUCUGUUCCCCCAAGAAACGGAGGCACGCCCUGUCCUGACCUCAAACAGCGACGAGGAUGCUUUGGAAACAACGCCGUAUGCAGCACUGCGAAAGAGGUGGCAAAGAUCCUGCCUGAUUCUUUCAAGAGGAACUUCAAGGACCCUUGGAGGCGACCACACAUGCUGAUGAAGGAGGAGAAGGCCAGUUACUGUGUGUACCUGCGGGUGAAACAAGCCAGUGCAGCGUGUAAACUCAAACUGUGGAGUUCUCAGCUGAUGAGAGAGAGGCUGAUCUGUGCAGAGUGUCAGAGUGACGCCAUGUCGAAGUCAAACCGCUGUGGAGGCGACGGCCUAGAGAGUACCAGAACGUUCUGGGCAGCAGCUUCAGUCCCAGGCUGUCAUGGUUCCUGGGUGCGGGAGUUGUCCUCUGAGGGUUGCCGGUGUCCUCCCUACUCUGUGCUCUUUGUGUGAGCCGACAUGCAAACCCCAGACAUCCAUACGCAGGGACCCGAUUUCCCUCAGCAACCUUGCCUGCCAAGCCAGACCCCUCCGAUCCAGAUUACUGGAUGGGUAACUCAAGGAGAUCAGCAGCAUCCUGCCACUUUUUCCUUUCACCUCAUACUCUGUACUGUAUACACUAUUGCUAAGCACACAGAUAUUCUUGCAUUUAACUUCAGAUUUUACAGCCACGUUAUAUACUUGUUCUCCAGCAACAUCUAUAUGCCUUUUUACCUCUGAAUCUUUGCUAUCUACCUCCAUCAAUGCAAGUGCAUUUGUUAAUGCAUAAUGUAUAAAUAUAUAAAUAUAUUAUUUUGCUUUAUACAUUUUCUACUUUUGAUUGUUUAUGUGUUAUGUAUAUGUGUCUAUAUAUCUACACUUAUUUGUAUCAAACAGUUAAAACACCAAACAGCAGUUGCUGCACUCAGUUUAAGCCCCAGCCAGGGUCCCUAAACCACCUGCAGGCUGGAGACGCUUAAAACUGCUUCAUCCAAAUUGUAUCAUUGCUAGAAUCCUUAAGUCAAUAUAUCUUUGUUUUACAGUUUUGUCCCUGUUAUAAUUUCUUUUCAACAAAAACAUUUAUACCAGCAAGUCAAGUUGAAUAUCAGGUAUUGAUUCUCAGGUGCUGAGAUUUGUGUCUUUGUCUCCCAUCAAGCUUCCUCUUUCAUGUCUGCCUCCUCUGAUGGUCAGCGACGGAUGGUUUUAGUAGUUUUAAAGUGACUCAAAGGUGAAACCAGUCCCAUCUGUUUAGACCGAAUAUUGUUGGAGAGGAAAAAGAGCCAUUUAAGAGAAUUUCACUGUGGUUCUCUCUGUCCUCUGUGUCCAAGACUGAAAAGAAAUGCUUCAUUAUAUAACUAUCGCAGCCAUGUUACUCCCAUUGUAUUCAUUACAGAGUCUCCUCCCAGCGCUCCCCACAGCUCCUUGAUCUGCACUUCUUUUUCUUCUCUGCCCUCUACUGACUUUCUUAAAAACAGGAGUCAGUCAAACGGCUCAGUACGCCUUCCCGCAUCUCUCGUACUUCUGCUUUAAGAAGAGGACAAGUUUAGUCGCAGUAAAGGGACUUUCUCUCUUUCUCCCACGUCUGUGUCUGUGUUUGUGUGUUUAUUUAUUAUAAAACAAGUGAUAAUGUCAUUAGUGCAGCACAACAUACUCUGUACACUGUCCAUUAGUUAAAAUAAAAACAACUAUACUGUCA